GUCAGUCAGCUGAGGGAGGAACUCCGACAACAGAAAGUCAACCAGGAAGCAGAAGCUGCUAAACUGACCCACCGUCCCGGUCUGACGGCUUAACGACGGUAUUCACGACAGGAUUCAAACAGUAUAUCAGUACAGGAUUUUGGUUUAGUAUUUAAGUAGAUACAGAGCAGUAACAUGGCUUCCCUUUUCAAGAAGAAGACUGUCGAUGACAUCAUCAAGGAGCAGUCUAAGGAGCUGCGUGGCACUCAGAGACAAAUCACCAGAGACAGGGCAGCGUUGGAGAAACAAGAGAAACAAAUGGAAGCAGAGAUCAAGAAAAUGGCAAAGAGUGGUAACCGGGAGGCUUGUAAGAUUCUCGCCAAGCAGUUAGUCCAGUUGAGGAAACAGAAGAACCGGACGUAUGCUGUCAGCUCAAAGGUUACCUCCAUGUCUACCCAGACCAAGGUCAUGAACUCUCAAAUGAAGAUGGCCGGUGCAAUGUCAACUACAGCCAAGACCAUGCAAGCAGUGAAUAAGAAGAUGGAUCCAGAGAAGACACUGAAGACCAUGCAGGACUUCCAGAAGGAGAACAUGAAGAUGGGCAUGACAGAGGACAUGAUCAACGACACUUUAGAUGACAUCUUUGAUGAGUCUGGGGAUGAAGAAGAAUCUCAGGACAUUGUCAGCCAGGUUCUGGAUGAGAUCGGCAUUGAGAUCUCUGGAAAGAUGGUUAGAGCUCCAGCUGCUGGAAAGGCUGUUCCCGGAGCUACUUCCUCUAAACAAGCCACCAUCUCCGACGACGAGAUCGAGAGGCAGCUCCGUGCUCUGGGAGUGGACUAGCUGUCUAUUUUGUAUUAAUGUUUACAUUGUAACUAGUGCAACAUUAAUACUGAUUGAUACAGACUCUGUCAGACACACUGGCUUUUUUCAUGGUUGAAAUACUGCAGGUGUAAAUGCAAACACACACACACACACACAGAUACUCACAUGCAUUCAGAGGCAUGCAGGCGGACAGAUAUUUAAUAACUCAUUUUCAUACAAUCUUCUGCAGGUUGCCUUACAGAUCAUUAGGACAGUACAUCUGAUCUGGUUAUUUUAAAAUAUUUAUUACAACUUUGGAGGCCACAACUUGUCGGUGGAAACAACAAUAAAUGCUCAACCUAAGGAACCACGUACACCUUUGUUUGCCACCUUAUCUGUCUUUAAAAGGGCUACAUGUGCAAAUUUGAGCUUGGAAUUUGUUUUUUCCUUUUUUUUUUUUCUUCCUCAUCCCUGUUAUCUAUCAGGUUUUUUUUUUUGCCAUUGAAGAUGGAUGAUCUUUCCCCAACAAGUUUUAAUGAAUAAAACAUGGUAAUCAAAAAGAGCUUAGGGGCUGUCGAUAAGCAGAUGGAAUUAGUGUUUUUUCUACUCAGACCAUCUCUGUCAUUUGUUCAUUUAAACCGAUCUGAUUCACAUUUUCUGAGGCAAAAUAGCUUAAUUAAGGCCCUCUUUGGACAGAAUUGUAAUUUUUUUGUUGGGAAAUGCCUCAGUUUGAUUCUCCUGUCUUUGCUCACACAACUGAUCACUGUCAUCGUACAAACGAAAAUCCUGGUCGGCCGUCUAGAUAAUUACCGUGCUCUGCUAUAGAAACUGGAAUCAGAUAUAUGCAUUUAAUGUGGAACUUGCACGAGGUGGUGAGGCGGACUGAUCUGAGGGCAAACUGGAGCUGUGAUGCUGUGAAAUAAAACUAACACAAAUUAGGUCCAAUGACACCGGGAGAGUUUUGAAUCAAUUGUCUGAUGUAAUCUGAGUAAUCAAAUAGACUUUUGGCUUCAAGGUUGAUGUUUGCUUUAAACAGUGAUUGUGGGAUGGCUCCGGUCCCUCUUCUCUUUCAGCUGCUGUGCAGUUAUUGUCAUUGGUUAUUUUAAACUGCCUCAACCACAAAAACCACACACUACAGCUACAACAUAAUGGGAGUGUAUGCUAAAAUGACACUGUGAUAUACAGGAUGUUUCCCCCUCUCUGGAGCCGAAACUGACUUUUCUGAAGAAUAAUUUUUUUUAUGUCAGGAGCUCCAGGCUUUGUGAGAGUGACAGCAACAUCUGCUCAUUGUAAUGUCUUUUUCUCUUUUUCUGGCCUUUUUGUUUCUGUAUCAAUUCCUGUUGCCAAAACAACAGAAAAUGUGUCUUACAUGUGUUUGACAUGUACAACUUUUACAAUGCAUUGAUUUUUUUUUCCGUUUGCAUUUGUCCAUCAUUUGUUCCUCUGCCGUAUACUAGUCUGUUUUAAUUGAGGGCAGAAUGGAUGCUCCAACAAAUUUUGACCUCUGAGUGCAAUUCUACAGAUAGGAUUUUUUGUGUUUUAACUACUUUUCUGUUUAUUUUUCAUCCAUUGUAAAUUGACUCUGUAAAAGGUUUAUGGCUUUUAUAAGGAAUAAAGUUUCUUCAGGUA